AUGUAUUUACGCACGCACCUUCAGGUCAUUUUUGUGGUGAUUUUACUGUGGACCAAAGUCAGAGCUAUAAGGAUCAUUGGUCGGGAUGUGACAGUAACGACAGGAGACAAUGCACAAUUAUUCUGUCAAGCAGUCGAGACAUCAGAGCAACUAACAAGCAUUACGUGGCAAAGACGAACAAAGGAAAAACCAACAGAUACAGAUUUCUUUGCAGUCACUUCCACUGGCAAAGAGGAACAUAUAAAUGGACUGGGGGACAGAGUCAAAUUUAACGGCAGCAUUUCUGGACUUAUUGGCUCAAUACUUCUAAGUAAUGUUACUGUUUUAGAUGAAGGAAUCUACACCUGUACCGUUAGCGUAUUUCCAAGUGGACCAGAUCAUACGGAAAUUCACCUUAGAGUAGAAGUUCCUCCUGUUGUCAUUGUGAGCACAGACGUCCCUCCUGUUGCUGGAGACACUGAGAAGAUUUUAGCCACCUGCACUGCAGCCAAUUCAAAACCUGCAGCAGGAGUGACGUGGAAUCUGGGUGCUUUAAAUGACUCUGUGAGAGUACAAACUAAUAAGACUGUGGACUCUGAAGGAAGAUACUCUGUUAAAAGCAGCCUGAUUGGUGAAGCAUCCAAAGAUCUAAACCAAAAGAAGGUUCAGUGUUUGGUCGUACACCCUAGUCUGAAGGAGGAACUAAUACUGGAUUACACUCUGAACAUUCACUAUCCUCCACAGGUGGCUUACAUUAUCUCAGCAGGAGUUCAAGGAGAAUUCCAUUGUGAAGCAGACGCAAAUCCAAAACCAACAAACUUCACCUGGAGCAGACUCUUUCCAGUAAAGGAGCCUCUUUUUACUGGUGUUAACAGCAACAAGCUGAUUGUUCAGCUGACCCCUGACAGUAACGGCCUUUACUACUGUGUAGUAUCUAACCAACACGGAGCAGCUCUAGGUUCCCUCUCUGUACAUGUUACACCACCUACAGAAUCCAAGACUGGCUGGACUCUGCUCAUCUUAGUCCUCAUUGCUGGGGUUUGUGGUUUUCUAAUUUGGAAAUUUAAUCUGCAUGAAACCAUUUUGAAAAGAGUGCGUAAUUUUAGGCGUGACCCAGUGCCUACUGGAUCUUCUGAGGAAUAAGAGGGUGCACUGAUGUGUUUGGUGUUCAAACCUCUCUAUGGGACCAUACCUUGCCGUGGUGGAGAGGCUUCACCCUCUUAUGGUGUGCUGCCUUAUACACUUAAGAGGACACCAAAUGGUCCCAAAGGUUUUGUAACGUAAGUCGAAGUUUGAACAUCCUGUUCGGCCGGGGUUGAAGGGGGGUGAGGGGUUUAGGUGAUGCCCUAUAACAGUCCAUUUGUUUGGACCUGUAAAAUGACCGAGAGCGAAUGAGCAGAGUUGCGUAUCGGACGCUUAAAGUGCAGGUUUUUGCACCUUUAAUCACCACACUGAAGACGAGCACUGCUGGAGCUCCCUGUGGCACGCAAACUAGACAAAGCCGGAUACUAUACCAAGAACCAUGUCUUUAUGCAUCCGCCUUUGUGCACUGGUGCGCAGUCGUGUGGGGUUGUUUUUCAGGAGUUGGACUUCAAGUGAAAGAAACAUUUUGGACAAUUUCAUGCUCCCAGCUUUGUUGGAUCAGGUCAGUGAUGGCCCCUUCCUCUGUCAUUAGAAUAUUUAAAAUGGAAAUCUAUCAUUUUUUUGCCUCUGACUAUUUUCUAGUAGUGUUAACAGCUUGGUCCUUUAAUCUGUAUCUGUGCUUUCAUCUAAUCUCUCUCUUUCUCUCACAAACACACAUGGAAACGAAGUCACACAUAUCACUUACUGUAUCAGUGUUUUAGAGCAAUAGUGUUGUAUUGUGUUAUUUAACUAGCUUUAGGAAGUAUUUAAUUUGUGUUUAACCAGAUUGACAUUAUAUUGUAACACAGUCUUUAAUUUCUUAUUGUGUGAGUAACAGGUUUUUUUGUGGUUGUUGUUUUUGUCAAAUUCAAAAGUAACUUUCCAGAUUUUCAUCCUACUGAAGGAGUUUUUCUUUUUAAUUACUAUAAAAAAAUUUCAGCAAAGGUCAUGAUAGUUUAGAAAGUAUUUUUUACAUAUUUUUGUCUGAUUUAGGACUGAUUUAUCUCUAUAGUCUGUGUUUAAAUUAGAUUUUUUUUUAGUCAUGUGACACCUCUAAGUGAGCUUUAUAGCAGAUAUCACUGGCUAUUAUGUGCUAAACCCACAUUCUAUAAGCAGAAUUUAGUGUCAUGCUUUUUGCUGUGGUAAAGUUAACACAUUUUUUCACAUUUUUUUUAAAUGAUCACACUGUAUUUUAAUUUGAAAGAGUUUUUGACCAUAGUAAAAAUUGGUAUUUAAUAUUUUAAAUUAAGUAGCUUUGGUUGACAUAAAAUACACAUCACCCAAUUUAAAACUAGAUACAGUAAGUCCUUUAUCCUGCUGUUAAUUGUGUGUUCUUAAAUGGAUAAACAAACCCCACCUGGUUGAAAGCACACACCCAAUGUAUAUUAAGUGUUGCAUAUGUGUACAAUAUGUUCUGGUAAAAUAAAAAUGAUUAUAAUCGUAA